CAGUUAAUGCUUUGUUGCAAACAUGUAGCAUAACACAAAUAAGUUGCGUUUAAUUAUUAUCAAUAUUUAUACUUUCUAUUGUCUUGAGAUAGCGAUUUUUUGUUGCGUCAAAUUUCUCAAAUUAUGUUCGUGUAAAGUAAUUCAAUAACAUUUCAUUCAUUACCACUAUGUCUAAACCAGUGACCAAUCCAAAGAUUCAAAAUAAAAAUGAAUCCUCCACGUCACAAUCGACGACGCUUCAAGAAUCGCAUUGCAACAAAGCUCCUCAGGAUGAAGCUGCAGCUUCCACUUCUCGCUGCAAUAUGGACAAAGCCAUAGUAGAUGGUAUUUCACAACAAUGUGAGAAAAUUUGUAUUAACGAUGAAAGAGUUCAAAAUGUUUUUCAAAAUUCUAGCGCGAAUUUUGUUAAAAAGAAAAACGCAAAGAAAAAAGAAAAGUUGAAAGACUUGCAUAUACAAAUGCCUUCAGUUAAUGCAUGUUCGCCUCCAACCGUUCAAACUGCACCUCCAGCCUACUCACACGAUGGCGGCAAUUCAGUUCACGAGUAUUUUAAUAAACAUGUCACACAGCUAUAUGCGAAUACAAGUGCACGAUAUCUAGAGAAUCUCAUCCACCAUCCACAAUAUCAUUUAAUGUAUAGUAUGCGUUUGAGAGAAAUGUUUCAAUUUCAAAACAGCCAAUUUUUUGGAAGUGUCCCAAAUACACCUUCACGACCAAAUACUCUUGGGCACUACUUACACAAUGCAAUGCAACACCCUCUUUUGUCGAAGGAAUAUUUAAAUCAUGUCCAUACAAACCAGAAUCAAAAUGCAUUUCACAGAGCACCUGAAAAGGCAAGUACAAAUAUAAAUAUUAAAAAAGAAAUAAAUAAUUCACCAAAACAGAAUAAAAAACAGAAGAAAGAUCAAAAUGGGGCCGACAAAGUAUUUGAUGCCUAUUUGUGUAAAGAGGAAGUGAUGGAAGGAUUAAAAAAUAACAGUUUAAUUGAAGGUGUAUUGAAAAUAAACCCAAAACAAUUCCAAAAUUCAUAUGUGUCAAGUAUGGAUCGGAAUGAACAGGAUAUUCUUAUAGAAGGUGUGAAAAAUAGGAACCGGGCAUUAGAAGGUGAUAUUGUUGUUGUACAAUUUAUUGAGAGUGAUGAUGAGGAUAGUGAAAAGCAUAAUAAUUCUGAUAGCAGUAGUAAACAAAGAAAGGGAAGAGUUGUAUUUAUCAAAGAGAAAGUACACACAAGAAAAUGUAUUGGUUAUUUAAAACUGAUGCCCGAUAAGAAUAGACAAAGAGCGCUCUUUGUCCCUAGAGACUAUAGAAUACCAAGACUUAAUAUACCGUUUACAAGUUGGCCAGAUAAUUUUUACCACGAAUCAAAGAGUUAUGAAAACACACUCUUCCUUGCUAGUAUUUUUGAUUGGUUUGAUGUAAGGUUCGCACUUGGUAAACUAAUUUGUAAUAUUGGUCAGUCAGGAGAUAUGCAGACAGAAACGAAAGCAAUUUUAGCACAAAUGGAUUUAGAUAUCACACCGUUUGGUGAAGAUGUCCGGCAUUUAUUUCCACGCUUGGAUUUCAUUAUACCAGAAGAAGAAAUUAGAUCUAGAGAAGAUUGCAGACAUUUAUGCAUUUUUAGUAUAGAUCCGAUAAAUACCCGUGACAUAGAUGAUGCUGUGUCAUGCAGGAAACUUGCCAAUGGAAACUACGAGAUAGGUGUUCAUAUAUCCGAUGUUUCUUACUUUCUGCAUGAAGGCACUUUAUUGGAUGAAAAAGUCUCUGAAAAGGCGACAACUAUUUAUAUGGUUGAAAGGGCUUAUCACAUGUUACCGGAUGAGCUAUGUAUGUUAUGUUCCCUGUUUCCAGGCAUUGAUAAACUCGCUUUUUCUGUGUUUUGGGAAAUAACUGAUGAUGGUAUUGUUUUGAAUCAUAGAUUUUCCAGGACUGUUAUCCAUUCGUGUUGUCAAUUAGCAUAUGACCAUGCACAAGCUGUGCUGGAUGAAAAAGAGGAUGCGGAGAAGUCGUUUCCCGAAAUUUAUAAUGGAUUUACUUACAAAGACAUUUCUGAAACUAUAAAGGUACUUGGAAAAAUAUCAGCAAUAUUUAGAAGGAGACGCUUUGAUAAUGGUGCUUUACGUAUCGAUCAGCCUAAGAUUGCAUUUCAUUUAAGUGCAGCUAACGGGCUGCCUGAUUCUUAUUGGAUAUACGAAAGCAGGGAAAGCCAUCAGCUGAUAGAAGAAUUUAUGUUACUUGCUAAUAUGACAGUUGCAAAGAGAAUUCACGAUGACCACCCAAAAUUAGCAUUUUUAAGGUGUCAUCCAGCACCUAGCAAUUAUUUGUUAAAACAACUUGAAAAAUCCCUAAAACCGUUGGGUAUCGAUAUUGAUAUUUCAUCAGCGGGCAAUCUUCAUAGAUCCCUGACAGAUUAUUUAGAUCAAAACAGCUUAGAUAAAGGGAAAGCAAUGGUUCUUAGCAUGUUGUGCACGAAACCGAUGACGAGAGCAAAGUAUUUUUGUGCAGCCUCAUGCGUGGAUGACGAUUUCCAUCACUAUGCUCUUAAUGUUCCAUUGUAUACUCACUUCACUAGUCCAAUACGGCGCUACGCAGAUAUCAUGGUUCAUAGGCUGUUAUCAGCAAGCCUUAACUACAGCAAAGUUCCUGCUUGGGAAGUUGAUAAGGUCAGAAUGGUGGCUGCCAAUUGUAACAAACAGAAGUACAAUGCUAAGAGAGCCGGUGAAAUGUCCACCGAGCUUUACACUUUGAAGUACAUAGAAAUUAACUCGCCAGUUACAGCAGAAGCCGUUGUUGUUGAUGUCAAGGAAAAAUAUAUUGAUGUUAUAAUAACGGCGAUGGGUUUAAAUCGACGCAUUUUCUUCAAUAACGAUUUCCCAGGUGAAUUCCUUUGUGUUAAAAACGAUGCAGGCGUAAGACUUUCCAAAAUGGAGUUGACGUGGAACGAAACAGACACUCUGCCUUCCGUUAAACAAGUUAUUGAAGUAUUUUCCUUACUACAAGUAGAAUUGUACAAAGGGGAUGACAUGUUGAAAGUAGAGACGAAGCUUGUAAGGCCGAAAUGAUAAUUCCUAGUCAAUUAAAAAACAAAAGGCAUAAUUUACUAGAAUUUUAUACAUUAUUUGACAACUAUUUUUUUAAUAUUAUAUUUUUUAUUUUGUAAUUUUGAACUGACAAGGACAUAAAAAAAAAACUACAUUUUAUAUUAUUUUUGACUUAUUAAAUAAUUAUUAUAUUCUUGCAUAAGCAUGACUUUUUUAUGUGUUUGGUACAGUAUUUAUUAGCGCAAGGCAUAUCAUAUUAUAACGGAUAUGACAUUUUAAUUUUAAUAAAUUAAAUCAGAAAAUAAAAAAAAAAAAACUUUUUAUAUACUUUACUAAAAUUUUUGGAUUCUUCUAAUACGUAGUGUAAUCAAAAAUGUUCUAUGUUCAAAAAGGAUUUUAUAAACUAUGUAGUUUGUAUACAUUUAAGAUUUAUUGAUAUCUGAAUGUAUUUUUUUAUGUGUUUAUAUGAAUCACAUGGCUAUUGACUGUAAAUACAAUUGAUGUUAGAAAAUUUUCAUGCUCCUUUAUGUACAAGUAGUGUAGUUUAAGUUAGUACGCUCAAACUGAAAUGUUUGACGAUAAUUUUUUGCCUACCGGGCAGUAAAUAUAGAUACAAUGAUAGCAAA